GAGCGCCGGACCCAAGAUGGCCGCCGUGUCAGUUUGGGUCUUCGCCGCCGUCCGGCCUGAGGCUCCUGGGCUCCGCCUCUCGUAGGCCCCGAAUUGAUGUUCCAUUUGCUUGGACUGGGGACAAAAAGGGCUGGAGUGAGAUUUCCAAAACUGCUAUUGCCUUUGGUAUAUGUACUCGCCAGCUGUUCUUGGGAUUUAUUGGAAAACAUGAACUUGUCCCUAACAGGAUAUGUGUCUUUUUAACAGGACAUAGGUGCUAUUUGUCUUUGAAAAAGGAAGAACUGUUUGGGGCAAAAAACGUAUAUGCUAUGGUUAACUGGUCCCCAUCCUCAGAUCAUCUUUUUUCCCAUGGUGUGAAACUCCUUCAGCAUAGGGAUAAGGGAUAACGACUCUAUGGAUAUACAGAAUUCUUCACCAUGGUAAAACUCGCUAACCCGUUGUACACUGAGUGGAUUUUGGAGGCAAUUAAAAAGGUCAAGAAGCAAAAACAGCGCCCUUCAGAAGAGAGGAUAUGCAAUGCUGUGUCUUCAUCCCAUGGGUUGGAUCGCAAAACUGUUCUGGAGCAGCUGGAACUGAGUGUAAAAGAUGGAACCAUUUUAAAGGUUUCUAAUAAGGGACUUAAUUCCUAUAAGGAUCCUGAUAACCCUGGGCGAAUAGCACUUCCUAAACCACGAAACCAUGGAAAGUUGGAUGGUAAGGCUAACUUGGACUGGAAUAAACUGAUUAAACGGGCAAUUGAGGGCUUGGCAGAAUCCAGUGGUUCAUCCUUGAAGAACAUUGAACGCUUCUUGAAAGGACAGAAGGAUGUGUCAGCUUUAUUUGCAAGCAGCACCCCAUCUACCUUUCACCAGCAGCUGCGAUUGGCCGUCAAACGUGCUGUUGGCCAUGGCCGACUUCUUAAAGAUGGACCUCUGUACCAACUCAACACUAAAGCAGCCACAAAUGCAGAUGGGAAGGAGAGCUGUGAGUCUCUUUCUUGUCUUCCUCCAGUAUCACUCCUUCCACAUGAAAAAGAUAAGCCGGUUGCUGAACCAAUCCCAAUCUGCAGUUUCUGCCUUGGUACAAAAGAACAAAACCGAGAAAAGAAACCUGAGGAGCUCAUCUCUUGUGCUGACUGUGGCAAUAGUGGUCAUCCAUCCUGCUUGAAGUUCUCCCCAGAGUUAACAGUUCGGGUGAAGGCCUUACGGUGGCAGUGCAUUGAGUGCAAAACGUGCAGUUCCUGUCGAGAUCAGGGCAAAAAUGCUGAUAAUAUGCUAUUUUGUGAUUCAUGCGAUCGGGGGUUUCAUAUGGAGUGUUGUGACCCCCCUCUGACCAGGAUGCCAAAAGGCAUGUGGAUAUGUCAGAUAUGUCGACCACGUAAAAAAGGAAGAAAACUUCUACAUAAGAAAGCAGCACAGAUUAAGCGGCGCUAUGCCAACCCAAUAGGACGUCCCAAAAACCGAUUAAAGAACCAAAAUGCAGCAUCAAAAGCCCCCUUCAGCAAAGUUCAAACCGGACCUGGUCGAGGCCGUAAACGCAAGACUCCCCUAUCCAACCAGUCCACCUGCUCAUCAGAAGGAGGUUACCUGGAGCGAGUUGAUGGCUUGGAAUUCUGCAGAGAUGCCAGCACCUCUUUGAAGUUCAACAAGAAAACCAAAGGGCUUAUUGAUGGCCUUACCAAAUUCUUCACCCCCUCCCCUGAUGGGCGCAAAGCUCGAGGGGAAGUGGUGGACUACUCUCAGCAAUAUAGGAUCAGGAAAAAGGGCAAUAGGAAAUCGAGCACUUCAGACUGGCCCACAGACAAUCAAGAUGGCUGGGAUGGAAAACAGGAAAAUGAGGAAUGGCUUCUUGGAGGCCCAGAUGUUAUGACUGAAAAAGAUAUGGAGCUAUUCAGAGACAUUCAGGAGCAAGCACUGCAGAAAGUAGGAGUGACAGGAGCCUCAGACCCACAAGUCCGCUGUCCAUCGGUCAUUGAAUUUGGGAAAUAUGAAAUCCACACCUGGUACUCCUCUCCAUACCCACAAGAGUAUUCCAGGCUGCCUAAGUUGUACAUCUGUGAAUUCUGUCUCAAGUACAUGAAAAGUAGAACUAUCCUGCAGCAGCACAUGAAAAAAUGUGGCUGGUUCCAUCCCCCAGCCAAUGAAAUUUACAGGAAGAGCAAUGUUUCAGUCUUUGAGGUGGAUGGCAACGUUAGCACCAUUUACUGCCAGAACUUGUGUCUACUGGCAAAACUCUUCCUGGACCAUAAGACACUGUAUUAUGAUGUGGAGCCAUUUCUUUUUUAUGUACUGACACAAAACGACGUUAAGGGCUGCCACCUCGUUGGCUACUUCUCCAAGGAGAAGCACUGCCAGCAGAAGUACAACGUUUCCUGCAUAAUGAUUCUUCCCCAGUACCAGCGCAAGGGCUACGGCAGGUUCCUUAUCGAUUUCAGUUAUCUUUUAUCAAAACGUGAAGGCCAAGCGGGAUCCCCAGAGAAGCCGCUAUCUGAUUUGGGUCGUCUCUCCUACAUGGCUUAUUGGAAAAGCGUAAUCUUGGAGUGCCUUUAUCAUCAAAAUGACAAGCAGAUCAGCAUCAAGAAGCUAAGCAAACUGACUGGGAUCUGCCCUCAAGAUAUCACUUCAACUCUGCAACACCUGCGAAUGCUUGAUUUCCGCAGUGAUCAAUUUGUGAUAGUUCGUCGGGAGAAACUUAUCCAAGAUCAUAUGGCAAAACUGAAACUGAAUCAUCGGCCUGUAGUUGUGGAUCCAGAAUGCCUGCGCUGGACUCCUGUCAUUGUCUCUAACUCUGUAGUUUCUGAAGAUGAAGAUGAGGAUCCAGAAGAUGGGGAAAAUGAAGAGCAGCUGCAGCCAAAGGAGAGAGACAUAGAGGUGAUGAAACCUGUUUGCUGGGAGAAAAAAGAGAGAGAACCUUACUUUCCUCUGGAGAGUGAAAAAAAGCCAGAUGUCAUCACCCCAGCCAAUUCUGUGCGGCCAAGCAAGCAAAGUCUUCCCCUGGCUGGUCUUCCUGCAAAUAACCAGACAUCGCGGAGGGGCCGAUGGAGCCGGAAGGGGAAAAAGCUUCGCGACUCCUUCACUGAGAAGGAGUCAAAACUGCUUUUGGAGGAGAAGUCGGCAAUGGCCAGGGGGGGUCGGUGUGGAGAGUGUGAGGAAAAAGCGGCUGCGGCCGCUGCAGCCGCUGCAGCCGCUGCUUCUCGGGGAAGAUUUGGGGAGACUGAAGAAAAAAACACUUCCUCCCAAGGACAGUGUGGCAAAUGUGAUGAGAAGACUCCUGUGCCCCGGGGGCACUUUGGUAAAGAUGAGGAAAAAUCUGUUGUCUCCCAAGGGCAAUACAGCAAAGGUGAGAAGUCUUCUGUUACCCAGAGGCGAUACAGCGAAGGCAUGGAACUGUGGAGAGGGCAGCUGAAGACCCCCGAGCGCCUGAAAAGCAGGAUCUCCGAGGAGUGUGAAAGGCUAUCCCGGCGCCACAGUGAGGGUGACCGGACGCUGUCGAGGCACUUCAGUGAGAGCAGUGAAGACGAGGAGGAGGAGCCCGUGAGCCCUUGCUCAAAUUCUCCACCAGUUCUCACUAAACCGACGCUGAAGCGAAAGAAGCCGAUUCCCCGGAAGAGGAGAGUCCGUAAGCGCAAAUAUCACAACAGCAGUGUCGUGACUGAAACCAUCUCGGAAACAACUGAAGUCCUGGAUUUGCCUUUUGAGGACUCUGACACAGAGAGGCCCAUGCCUCAGCUGGAACCCACAUUUGAGAUGGAGGAUGAGGAAGACGAGGAAGAAGAGGGCGAGCUUUUUUCUGGAGGGUAUCUUCACUGCCUCUCACAACAGGACUCCUUUAGGCACAGGACCUCCUCCAAGAAGGGAGCUGAACCUGAAGAGGAUUCAGAUGAUGCCACUGCUUCUCCUACCUUGAAACCAGUCUCUGUUCUGAGAAAAUGUGAGGCGAAGGAUUCUACGCUCCAGCCAGACACUUCCACCCCCAUGAAGAAGAAGAAGGGCUGGCCCAAGGGCAAAAGCCGCAAGCCCAUCCACUGGAAGAAAAGGCCCGGCCGCAAGCCAGGCUUCAAACUGAAGAGGAGAAAGGUCCUACUGCCUGCCCCAGAAGAGACAUCUGAUCCCAUGGAAGUUAUUUCAAAACUGGGGCACAAAGCCAAAGUCCAGGAGGAGGAGCCGGUUGAGCAGAAGGAAGAACUGUUGCCUGUGGUGGAGGAGAAGAAAGAAGAAGGUGGGUCUGUGGAAGCUGAGGAACUGGGAGAAGAGGAGGAAGAAGAUGCCCCUGUCAGUGAAGCGAGGGCAGUUUCUCCCAUAGAUAGCAACAACAGCCCAGUGGCCGAAGUCAAAGAACCUGAAAUGGAGGAAGAGGCAGAGAAACCACAAGUUACAGAAGAGCAGCGACAGUCUGAGGAAGAGCAGCAGGAGGCAGAAGAACCCGAGCGCGAUCUGGAAGAGGAGGAGGAGGAGGUGGUGGCAGCGGCCAACCAGAAUGAAGACCACGAUGCAGAUGACGAGGAAGACGACGGUCACAUGGAGUCUGCCAAGAAGAAUGACUCGGAGGAACAGACCCUGAAAGAUGGGCUGAAGGAAGAAGCAGAUGCCCAGGAGCCUUUUUUAGAAACAAGCACACAGGGCAGUAGGGAAGAGGAUGCCAAGAAUAAGAGUGAGGGAGAGGCGGAUUCCGAGGAAGAGCAGACAUCCCACGAGACAUCAGAGAACUCAGACCCUGUUCCUGGCUCUGAAGAUGAUCAAGAAGAAGAGCAGCACGCUAAAGAGGGACUGAUUGAACUCAAGGAAGAGGAACAGAUUCCUCACAGUGAACUGGAUCUCGAAACCGUCCAAGCAGUGCAGUCUUUGACGCAGGAGGAAGAGAACAAUGAACACGAGGUGGCCUACCAGGACUGCGAGGAGACCCUAGCAGCUUGCCAGAACCUGCAGAGUUACACUCAAGCCGAAGAGGAUCCCCAGAUGUCAAUGGUUGAAGACUGCCAAGCUUCAGAACACAACAGCCCCAUUUCCUCGGUCCAGUCCCACCCCAGCCAGUCUGUGCGCUCUGUCAGCAGCCCCAGUGUACCGAACACCCUGGAGAGCGGCUACACUCAGAUAAGCCCAGAGCAAGGCUCGCUUUCCGCACCUUCUAUGCAGAACAUGGAGACCAGCCCCAUGAUGGAUGUGCCUUCUGUAUCGGACCACUCUCAGCAGGUGGUGGACAGCGGCUUCAGUGACCUCGGCAGCAUUGAGAGCACAACAGAGAACUAUGAGAACCCCAGCAGCUACGACUCCACCAUGGGGGGCAGCAUCUGUGGCAACAAUUCUUCGCAGAGCAGCUGUUCUUACGGAGGCUUGUCGUCCUCCAGCAGCCUCACCCAGAACAGUUGUGUUGUCACUCAGCAAAUAGCCAGCAUGGGCAACAGCUGCAGCAUGAUGCCCCAGGGCAGCGUCCAGCCUGCCACAAACUGCAAUAUCAAGUCCCCGCAGAGCUGCGUGGUCGAAAGGCCUCCAAGCAACCAGCAGCCAGCAGCGCAGCCACCUCAGUCGCAACCCCCGGCCCAGCAGCCUCAGCCCCCGCCUCCCGCACAGCAGCAGCAACAGCAGCAGCAGCAGCAGCAGCAGCCCCCAUUGUCUCAGUGUAGCAUGAACAACAGUUUCACCCCAGCACCGAUGAUCAUGGAAAUCCCAGAAUCUGGCAGCACUAGCAACAUAAGCAUCUAUGAGAGGAUUCCUGGAGAUUUUGGUGCCGGCGGCUACUCUCAGCCAUCAGCCACCUUCAGCUUAGCUAAGUUGCAGCAGCUGACCAACACCAUUAUGGACCCCCAUGCCAUGUCAUACAGCCAUUCUACUGCUGUGACUUCCUAUGCAACCAGCGUGUCUUUGUCCAACACAGGUCUGGCUCAGCUGGCUCCAUCUCACCCAUUGGCCGGGACACCCCAAGCACAAGCCACCAUGACACCCCCGCCAAACCUGGCGUCCACCACCAUGAACCUCACCUCGCCCCUCCUCCAGUGCAACAUGUCAACCACCAACAUUGGCAUCCCCCACACCCAGAGGCUUCAGGGGCAAAUGCCAGUCAAGGGGCACAUUUCCAUCCGCUCGAAAUCGGCGCCCCUGCCCUCUGCGGCUGCUCACCAGCAGCAGCUCUAUGGCCGCAGUGCUCCAGCAGUUGCCAUGCAGGCGGGUCCCCGAGCACUAGCCGUUCAGCGUGGCAUGAACAUGGGGGUGAACCUGAUGCCGACUGCCCCGUACAAUGUCAACUCCAUGAAUAUGAACACCCUGAAUGCUAUGAACAGCUACCGUAUGACUCAGCCCAUGAUGAAUAGCAGUUACCAUAGCAACCCAGCUUACAUGAACCAGACAGCCCAGUAUCCUAUGCAGAUGCAAAUGGGAAUGAUGGGGAGCCAGGCUUAUCCCCAGCAGCCUAUGCAGCCAAACCCUCAUGGGAACAUGAUGUACACUGGCCCCUCCCAUCACAGCUACAUGAACGCUGCUGGGGUGCCCAAGCAGUCUCUCAAUGGACCCUACAUGAGGAGAUGAGCAAGAUAAACUUGCGAUAUUAAAACUGAAAUCUCUAUAAAUAAAGGAACCUUUUAUACUGACAAACCAGAGACAAUAGACCUUUUUCCAGUUAAAUAUUGCUGUAGAUCUUAGAUGGGGCUUUGUUCCCUUUCAGUUUAUUUUAUUUUAUUUUGUAGGGGGCCUGGUCUUUAUUCUCCUUGAGUUUUUGUGGGGUUCUUUUGUUUUGGGUCUUUGUUUUUCCCUUCACAAUCCUGAAACACUUCACAGAUCAAAACCAUUUUUAAAAUGGGGUUUGGUGGUUUCUUUUUUCUUUUGUUUCUGUUUUCAGGGAGGGGAUUGAAAAAUGUGCACAAAAUAUUUUAAGUUCAGACAAUUACUUUGCCGGCCACCCAGGCAAAGUGUGUGCAAAAAUGGUCACUUUCUCACUUUCGGAUGCCAUAUCCUUUCUCUCUCCCCCUUGUGCACAGCUCCCAAGAUGGUUCCAUCUCUAAAGGUCCCAUCCCUUCCCUCUCCAACUUUCUGUUCCCUACUUCAGUCUUAACCAGGAGGCUCUAAUGUGGUGACUGAGGAUGGGACACAGACCCAAAACGAGCUUUCCGAUCCUAACAGAGCCGCUUUUGUCACUCCCACAGAUAUAGGAACUUUGAACAGUUUAUUCUUCCCCAGUUCUUCUCUCUCUCUCUCUCUCUCUCUCUCCCUCCCUCCCUCUCUCUCUCUCUCUAUCUCCGUGAACUAAAACUCAGCUUAAAAAUAAUCUUUUCAAAGUGUGCGCCUGUUUCUUGCACACCCCAGACAGAUUGUGUUAGUCUGACAUAGCAGCAGCAUUUUUAGGGACAACCGUAUGCUUCUGUUGGGGGUGGCGGAGAGAGUGGGGCUCGUCGAACAUUAGGAAUUAAAAGGUGGCUGUACUUAAGGGCUGCAGAUCUAAAGGCCCCACCUUACUUCCAGUAGUGCACCCUUGGAAGGUGAAAUGUACAUUGAAACAGACAUUUGUUCUUGCUGGCCAGUGACUAGCAUGUAGAGAGAAACCUCUGGGCUUGUUUCCCCCCUUCCCGGGCCAGAAGGGCACCACUGUGUUCCAGCACCUUGGAUGUUAAUUCCUUGGGCUGUCGUUCUCAUCUGUGUUUAUAAAAGUGGGUCCGGGGAGGCCAGGAAUGAACAUCAGGGAGACAGACGGGGCAGGACAAGUCCAGCCAGUGCAAUCCACCCAUCCUGUCACUAUCUAAGGGUUGCCAGGCCUGUGGGCAUGCCAUCGGUCCAAGGAGGGGGAAACAUAGCUUAUCCUUCUAUUGUAAAGUUCUCUCUGUAUAUUCCUGUAGAGCUUACCGAUGCACUUAGAUUGACUUAGAUGUGUAAAGUUUUUUUUUUCAAAGAAACCUGAAAGGCAGUUGGGGGUGGGGGUUGGGGUGUCAGCUGCACUAAAACGGACUUCCUCUUAUACUGUUGAGUAUGAAAAGGCAGAAUUCCAAGAACUUCCAGCCCUCACUUUCUCUUAGUUCUUGAGCAUGUGUACAAGGCUGUGUAGGACCCAAGUCCCUGUAUAUAUAUAUAUGAUUCCAGGCUCACCUUUUCUGUGUUAAAAGGCGACCCUUUGCUGCCCUCUCCUUCCCAAAUCGUCUGCUCUGCCAUUGCUUCCUGAUUGCAGGUGGGUUGGGGUGGGGGCGGGUUUGUUGGGGUGUCGAAGGCAAAGCUGUUGAAACCGAGGGCCGUGAAUCCUUCUUCGUUUUGUUUUUUGUCUGCUGUUACCUUUUUUGGUUUUGGGUUUUUUUGUAUGGUUUUUUAAAAUCAGUCGGGCAGCUCCCUUUUUUUCCACAAACCUUUGUGACUGUAGACCUAUUGUAGAGAACCAAUGUUCUUUUCUAUAUUAUAAAAAAAAAUAUCCAACGCAGUAAUAUUGGUACCUGUCAUUUUUUUUCCCACUUCUGUUUAAGAAAAAAAUAAUAAUGUAUUUUUAGCAAAAUAAACUUGGGUAAACUUCUAAAAGAAAUUUAAAAAAAACUCACUGUUAGUGACUUUGAUGCCUUUUAAAAAAAAAGAGCUUUUUCAUUUCAUUCCAUCUUUAAAAUUUUUUAUCUUUGUUGUAGAAUAUUAAAGACUAUUUUAAGAAAGAUGAAAAUUCUCUUUAAAGAGAUCUCUAGAGUGUGUGACUAGAGCUCCAGAUAUGCCUCUAAAGCCGCAUGUACAAAAUGAAGCCGCGUCUAUUCCUGUCUGUUUAUAUUUGCUUUUCCUGUUUUGUAACUUCUUUGUACUUUGUCCUUGGUGACUCGUAAGCUUAAAAAGGGGAAGGGGUGCCUGGAUGAUUUAAAAGAAAAUCCCUUUGUGAUCCUCCAUGUCAUGCGCUCCUGGGCCGGCCGGCCUCCCUUCCUCUCCUUGUAUGUAAUAUCACUUUUUCCCUCCCCCCUUUCUAGCAAGUACUUUCAAAAGAACUCUGUACAUUUUAACAUAAAAAAAUAAAUUAUGUUGAGCCAUUUUGGA